AGGAAUCUUUUGCAGAUGACUACAACAAUUGCAAUUGAGGAUGUAAGGAGAGAAGUCAAAAUAUUGCGCGCUUUAACAGGACAUAGGAAUCUGGUUCAAUUCUAUGAUGCCUAUGAGGACGAGGAAAAUGUUUAUAUAGUCAUGGAGUUAUGUAAAGGAGGAGAAUUGCUAGACCGGAUACUUGCAAGGGGUGGGAAAUACUCGGAAGACGAUGCCAAAGCUGUCAUGGUACAACUUCUAAGCGUGGUCUCGUAUUGUCAUCUUCAACGGGUUGUUCAUCGUGACCUAAAGCCUGAGGUAAUGGAGUUAUUUUUAAUCUACAUAUAACACUCAAAUAUUCAUUUGCAAUGAACACUCUA